UGAGCACAAUUAUUUUCUUCAAAAUUUCACUUUUGGCGAUUUUCAAAACGCUGUAAGAGAAUAUAAAGACUUCCUACUUUUCAAGUCGGAGCGCUGCGUCACAAAUGAAAACUUUCUUUGAAAAAUAGUACAGACUUCGCAAGAUAUGACACAACAUUGUUUUUCGAAACAAGUCAAAUGGGUCUUUUGCUUGCCUUUCAUGCCGGAAACUUCUUUUACGGGUCUCAACUCUCAGUUACAAAAAGUUUCUUCGUGUUGUAAGCACCACUAUUUUUUCCCUCAAAGUCUACCUUCCGUACAACAUAGUGCUCCUUGUGUCUGUUCUUCGUAUGAAGACAAGCGUAAUGUCUUCACUCCUCACUGGAAAGUGUUGGAAGGUGUUCCACCACUGAAAAGUUAUUUUUUUGAAGGCUAUUAUUUUCGAGUUAGCAUUCCCGAGUUGAGUGAAAGCUUUUCUAUUAUUUAUGCUUUGGAAAGAAAGCAUACUGGAUGGGAGUAUACAGCUCAAGUUUUGAGUUCAGAAGAAUUGUUGUUUCAUACUUUUAAGAAUGCACAGUUUUGGCGUCACGAAUAUACCUUUGGUAUGGGUCAGUGGCAGUUUGAAGAACCUUUCAAGGAUCUAAAGGACGUCGGACUUCCAAGACAACUGGACCCUUCAAUCUUCUUUAAGAAAGUUCCACUUGGCUUUCAAUGGACGAGACGCCAGCAUUUUGGUAGUUUAUUCGACGAUAACAAUACAUCUUUGAGAUUUUCUUGGAACUUAGAUAUUAGUGGUAUCGAUGGUUGGGGUUCUCGUGGAAGAGAUCCACAGAAGAGCACAGCUUCUUGGUUGUCGCAUGUUCCAUUUUUGUUUGAUCCUGGAUAUCAAGUUUUGAUGGCACACGGAUUAGCUAACGGUUGGUUACUUUGGAAAGGCCGAUCAUAUCCCAUUCGCCAAUGUCCUGUUUAUAUAGAAAAGAACUGGGGUCAGCGCUUUCCCAAAAAGUGGUUUUGGUUGCAGUGUAAUAGCUUUUCUACAGAGAAGGAUUUAUCAGUGACUAGCGUUGGAGCCAUUCGUCGCGUAUUAUUGAAGCCUAAACAAGAAGAAACUGUUGGAAUGUUAUCUAUUCAUCACCGAGGGAGACAUUAUUUAUUCACCAACUGGACUAGUUUGUAUGUUUCAUGGGAAGUUGCGUCUUGGGGUAGUUGGAAUGUUUUUGCAGAAUCUACUGAUUAUAUUGCAGUUUUAAGAGCAUGGUGUGAUUCUCCUGGUCAUAUUUUAUUAGGUCCUGCAUUAAAUGGUUUGCAACCCAACACAAGAGAAAGUUUAUUGGGUCAUAUGCAUAUACAAAUAACUGAGAGGAGUACUGGUUGUAGAGUUCUGGACGACUAUUCCAAUCUUGCCGCAGUUGAAGUUGGUGGCCAAGAUAAAGACUGUUGGAAGCAUGUUUGGAAUGAUAAUGUUUUACAACUUCCGUUAUUUUUGAGAAACGCAAUACAAUAUUUUGAUGGUACUGAAUAGCAAUUGCAACUUGGUGAAUGUUUCAAGCAUUAAGACCUCGUAAAUUUCUUGUAGAGUCGAGGCUUCUGCGUAACGCAAUAUUUGGCUUUAGUACAAAAAUAAAUGUUCAAGAGAGUUU